AAGGCACCUACAUCAACUAUUCAGCUCCCAACGGCCCACUCGUUCAAACUACACAUCAUUUUCUUUUUCGACUCCAAACAAAAACCAUUUCAAUUCGUCAAACUCUCCAUUAAAUUCCAACUACCAUCUUCCACGCUCUUUUCUUUACUCCUUGGUCUUCUUCUUCACUUGUAUCUUGCUUCAAAUUACCCUAUCAUCCAAACUACAAUCAUGGCUUCCAAUUCAUCUCUUAUUUUCGCGGUAUUCGCUAUUUUGAUCACCAUUUUGCAACCCUCUCUUGCUGAUACUGAACCUGAUUUCUUGUCUCCCCUUCUUUCUCCUAUUCUUGGUAAUAUAUGUAAAACGGUGGGAUGUGGAAAGGGCAAAUGCAAGACUUUCGGAAAUAAUGAUUUUGAGUAUGAAUGUGAAUGUGAUCCUGGUUGGAGGCAAACUCUUUCUUCCAAUUUUUCUUCUGAUUUCAACUUCAAGUUCCUGCCUUGCGUCAUCCCUAACUGCACACUUAAUUAUUCCUGCUCAGAAGUUGCUCCCUCACCUCAGUCAUCAGAAACUCCAUCAAAUGCAUCAAUUUUUGAACCUUGUAGAUGGGCUAAUUGUGGUGAAGGUGUGUGCAAUAAAACAACGGCGUUCUCAUAUACAUGUAAUUGUAAAGAAGGAUACAGCAAUCUCUUAAACAAUACUGGUUUCCCCUGUUUCAAAGAAUGCUCAAUUGGUGGAGAUUGUCCGAACUUGGGACUAGGAAUGUCGAAUAAAACAACCACUCCACCUCCUAGCAUUGCUGAUAGCAGAGGCAGCAAUCAAGCAUGGUCGCAGAAGCACGUCUUGUCCCAACCAAUGAUCCUACUGUUGAUUUCAGUUGCUGUUCUUGCUCUUUAAAGUUUUGAUUGCUCCCUUGAACUUGUUUAGAAUAGAAUGCAAACUACUGGCUAACAUUAAAGGCAUUUAGCCUCGGUUUGAAGGUACAAAUAUGUAGAACACGCGUAUAUUGGAAGUCGAAAUGCAUGUGUAGUUCCUAUGGAGCUUCUAGGACGUGUAUUGUAUAUUGAUUUAUCAUCUGAUUCUAAACUUGAGCAUAGGUAUCUUUAGUUUUGCCAUCAUUUCAGGAUAUUUGUUUGUAGUCUUUCGGACGUUUUAGGAAUUGGCUUUUUUUGGCUUUUGUAUCAUUUGUUGCUGAUUUUA